GAUUUUUCAUUUCGAAAUUUCCGUCAUCAUUCCGUCUCCUUCAAAAUUCUAAAAAUUAUAGUAAUUCAACAAGGUCUCUAAAGGUCAAAUAGUUCCAGCAAUCGCAUUUAAAUUUCAGUAUUCAAUUUUGAUUAACAUCUCAUUAUUUCGAAAAGAUGGCACUAAAAGCGUCUCGUCCUUGCUUCUGCGCGUAUAAUAGAACCAUGGAUCUAAGAACCCCAAGAAAUGUUAAAUUAACAGCGUUUUUCCGAAGAAGUUUUGCAUUUCGGACAGUUCGAGAUAGAUUACCUGUAAUUCUAACCAAAACUAUUGAUAGUUUAUCUCAGAAAAAAGAUGAUAUCGCAAAAGAGUAUGGAAGUGAAGCAAGAGACGAAAUUAAGACCGUAGUGGGAAAGCUCUCUAGACUCAAAUAUGAAAUUCAAACUAACAAACCAUUAAAAAAUAUAAGAUCUCAAGCUCCUGAUGCAGCAAUUUAUAACGAAUACAUUCGAGAACGAGAUGGAAUGGAAGGAGUACCCACCCCUUUUCAUACCGUUUGGCUGUUGGUCGAAUGCUACAUGUAUAGAAAAAUUUGGGAAGCAUUUGAGAAAACGAAAUACCUGAAGGAUUUUGAUCCCUUCCGAUUCAAUAAAGAGGAACUCUUCCGUAGUGGGGUUCCCCAAAUAAAAGAAACGUUGGCUCAACUGCAAAAUUUUGCUAAGAAUCCCCUUGCUAACAAAGAAGAUUUUUGUACUUUAUUACAGAUCAAUCUCUGGAGUAACAAAUGCGACUUGUCGUUAAGUCCAGAUGGGGUGAAUCCAAUCCUAGGUGAUCAAUUGUCUGAGUUGUCAAAAAAUGUCCUGGUUAAUGAUUCUGAAAAAAUAUGGAAUGCACUUCAAAGUUCAGAGGGGGAAGCCAUAGAUAUCAUUCUGGAUAAUGCAGGAGCAGAAUUGCUUUCAGAUCUGUGUGUAGCUCAUUAUUUAACUGAAAAAAAUUUAGUUAAAAAGGUGAAUUUUCACGUCAAAUCCUUGCCGUGGUUCAUGUCUGAUGUAAUGCUCAAGGAUAUCAAAUGGAUGUUGAAAGAGAUGAGCGAAAACGAGUGUGAAUUAUUGAAGUCGUUUGGAGAGAUUUGGUCGAAAAAUUUCGAAAAUAACACUUGGUCAAUAAAAUCCAGCGAUUUCUGGACACUGCCAGUAGAAUUUGAAAUGAUGCAUAAAUAUGAUAGAGAAUUGUACAAGCACCUGGCGUUGUCCAAACUUAUUAUAUUCAAGGGAGAUCUGAACUACAGAAAAUUAUUCAGGGAAAUGUUUUGGUGCGCCGAAACACCUGUUGCUGAUGCUCAAGGCCAAUUUGCACCAGCUCGGCUUUGUGCCAUUAGAACAUGUAAAGCAGAAAUUAUUUGUGGUUUACCAAACAAUUUGGCUGAUGAGUUAGAUGUGAAAGAUCCGUUAUGGAUGGAAAGUGGGAAUUAUGGGGUUAUUCAGUUUUCUGACAAGAUUGUGCCGCUCAUGGAUGAGGAGGACCUUGAUAAUUUGAAAGAUAUGUUUCAUUACUGGACUCCUACAAAAAAAGAUAUAGCGGUUGCCAUUACAUGUGAUGCUUGAUUCGAUUUAUUUUUGUUCAUUCACGAAUCAUACUCUUCUUAUUGAAUUUCUACUUUUUCAAAGUUUAUAAUGAAUAAAAUCGUUGAAACCAA